CAAGCGGCUUGGCUCAGACCCCUCGUGGCACUGCGGCUUUUGUCCCAACGGUCUCCAGCAGGUCUUUGGCCCCAGACGGAUGGAUGGAUGGGGCACAGCAUGAUGACCAUCUCAGGACAGGAGAGGGGACUGGACAACCUCCAUUCUCUCCAGGGCUGGCAGCCGGAGCCCGCCCGCCAUCCACGAACGUUCGUUCACCCUGAGGCUGCCGUCGCCUCGAAUGUCAUAGCGCCACCUGCUUUGUCCUUGGAACAGGUCGUGGAGAUGCAGGAAGCGGAGAUUGCUGCAUACUCCAAGCCCGAGUUUCAGAACCAACUGUGGAAGAUCUUGGAAUCAGCACCACCAGAGGAACACGCUCAUUUGCGCCAGCAACUCUGCCUUGAUGUUCAGGUCCCCUUGGUGGCUUCCAUGGGCUUUGAGCCCACCGCGCUGGGGGUCUGCCAGGCGACCGAGGCAGUGCUGCAGUUCCAUGGCGAGGGGAAGGUUCAACGCAGGAAUGCCAUCCUCACAGAUCUCUUGAAUCCGAAGCCGCUGGCGGCGCAUUGGGAGCCUCCCACAGUCCCUCUGGCAUUAACGCCUUGAAGUUUGAUCUGAGAUUUCAACGUUCGGCAGGACGUGCUGUUUCAACAGAGACGUUCCCAGUUUUAGAGGCAGCCCGAACCUGUUUCAGGCUGUUCGUCUGCUGCAGGUGGUAAGUUUAAAGCAGUAGCUGCCUGUAGUGGUCUUUUUUGGGCCUCAUUUGAAGGAGGUCGUACAGAAGCCGCUGGGUCUGACAGUUUCAUGGCCUCACAUCCACGGUUUUCAGGUGUACAGAUGGGUCAGAUCCAGCACCUUAGUCACACGGCAAUGGCUCAUUUCCGAGGGACAGGCCUACAGAUUCGACAGAUGGGGGGCGCUGGCUCGGGACAGCUGUUCUGGCGAAGACCACAGCAAGUGG